AUGACGUCUGUCCAUGUCUUAUGUCAUCCGUACUUUAGAUGGUCAAUACUGGCUGCUAAAUUUUCGGCAGACAAGUCUCAUCCAUGUCGUCAAUCGUCGUACGCAGAACAUGCGGAUACUGUGGAUGUGAGCGGCAUCGAGUUUCCAGCAAAACUGGAAGACAUACCAGUCAUCGAAAGACUGAACGACGGUCUUUACAUCAACGUCUUCGGAUAUGAAGAGAAAGUCAUAUAUCCGUUAAGAAUUUCUCAGCAUCCGCAGUCCGCCAUCAAUGUAUUGCUCAUCCAAGACGAACGCAAUGACGUGGAGGUGCAGCACUGGGUGUGGAUAAAAUCAUUCAGUCGUCUUGUUGCUACUGGAGCACGUCGAGCACAUUUCGUCUGCUUCAGAUGUCUCUCAACACACGUCACGGAGAAGGCAUUGAAUAAUCAUAUGAUGUACUGCAGUGAACAUCCUGAAGCCACGGUGAAGAUGCCAAAGGCUGGCGAUAGAGUGAUGUUCAGGAAUGUGAACAAGCAGCUUCAAGCCCCAUUUGUGAUCUAUGCCGAUUGUGAGGCCUUCAUAGAACCUCUGUCCGCUGACAAGAAAAUCGGUCAUUCGACAUUCCAAAAGAACAAGCAUGUAGCCUGUUCCUGUUCGUACAUUGUAGUACGAUCUGAUGGCGUCGUCACGAACCGUUUCUUCUACCGUGGAGAAGAUUCUAUGUUCUGUUUUCUGCUGUCACUUGAGCAAGAGGAGGAGACUAUCCGUGAUGAGCUUCUAGCAUGUAAUGCUGGUCAAAUGAUCAUUUCAGAAAGUCAGCAACGUGAAUUUGAAACGGUAGUCUCCUGUUGGAUCUGUGGUGAAGCGUUGGGUAGCGAUCGUGUACGUGACCACUGUCACAUCACCGGUGCUUACCGUGGUGCAGCACACAACCAUUGUAACCUGAACAUGCGGAUUGAGCCGUUCAAGAUCAAGAUUCCUGUGAUCUUUCAUAACUUGAAGGGAUACGAUUCUCAUCACAUCAUAUCUGCCAUUGGGAGAACGUCCACUGAUGAGAUUACGUAUGUGAACGAGAAAGGACAAGAACGGACCAAGCGUCUCGGUGCUAUCAAAGUGAUUCCCAUCAACAGUGAAAAAUAUGUCACAUUCGGAUGGAGACAGUUCCAGUUCAUCGACAGCCUGGCAUUCUUGAACACCUCCCUAGACCGGUUGGUUUCGGCCACACCACCAGAUGCAUUCGCCCUUCUAUCCGCACGAUUUCCAGACGAGGAUGAACGCAAACUGUUGACACGAAAGGGUGUCUACCCGUAUGAAUAUAUGGGGUCGUACGACCAAUUCGAAGAAACGCGUCUACCACCCAAGGAUGCAUUCCACUCAACGCUAACGAACACGGGUAUCAGUGAUGAAGACUAUGCCUAUGCGCAAACAGUAUGGACUGUGUUUGACUGUGAAGAUCUAGGAGACUAUCACGACCUCUACCUGGAGACUGAUGUGCUGCUGUUGGCUGACGUUUUCGAAAACUUCAGAAGAACUGCUCACGCAACCUAUGGAUUGGAUCCCGCUAAUUACCUCACCUUACCGGGAUUUGCCUGGGAUUCGCUGCUGAAAAUGACGAAGGUGUCCCUUCAUCUCAUUUCCGACAUUGACAUGUUCAACUUCAUUGAGCAUGGCAAAAGAGGUGGCAUAAGCAUGGUGUCCGCUAGACACGCCACCGCCAACAACAGAUAUCUAUCGGAGUACAAUCCAGACGAGCCGUCAAGCUUCAUCCAAUAUUUAGAUGCGAACAAUCUAUAUGGAUGGGCCAUGUCUCAACCCUUGCCCGUGUCGGACUUCUGCUUUGAAGCAGUGACGGAUGAUCUUCUGGAGACGGUACUCGAUCAUCCAAUGGACUCUUCGACGGGAUACAUGGUGGAGUGCGAUUUAAGGAUUCCAGAUGGUGUGCAUGACAUGAUGAAUGACUAUCCGUUGGCUCCUGAGAAGAUGAAGGUGACACGAGAUAUGCUUUCUCCAUAUCAGACCCACAUGGCAGAGAAACUAAUGGUGACCGGUUUGGAAGCGAAGAAACUGGUACCAAAUCUACUACCGAAAGAGCACUAUGUUCUGCACUACAGAAACUUGCAGCAGUAUGUGUCCUUGGGUGUGGAGAUUACAGAUGUGCAUCGUGUGCUCUCCUUCACACAACACCCAUGGAUGAAGCCAUACAUCGACACUAAUACUGACCUGAGAAAGCUAUCAACUUCUGAUUUCGAGAAAGACUUCUAUAAGUUGAUGAACAAUGCUGUAUAUGGCAAGACCAUGGAAAACGUUCGAAACAGAGUAAACAUCAAGCUCAUUCGUGAACAGGAUGAAAAACCACGUCUCCAGAAAAGCAUCAACAAACCUUCGUACAUCCGCAGUGUAGCCUUUGAGAACGAUCUGAUAGCAAUCGAGUUUGCCAAGACAAAGGUGACUCUCAAUAAACCCAUUUAUGUGGGUACAGCCAUCCUCGAUCUGUCGAAGCACUUGAUGUAUUCCUUUUACUAUGAAGUUCUCCUACCCCGCUAUGGACAAAAUGUACGUUUGCUCUACACUGAUACUGAUAGUCUGAUCGUACAUAUUCAAACGGAUGAUCUGUACACCGAUAUGUCAAACAACAUAACAGCCUAUGACACAUCCAACUAUUCACCAUCCCACCACCUGUACAGCACGGUCAACAAGAAGGUGGUAGGGAAGUUCAAGGACGAACUAGGUGGCAAACCCAUCAAGGAGUUCAUUGGUUUGCGGAGCAAGAUGUACGCAUACCGCUGUGAAGACAACGACGACAAUGGCAAGCGUGCCAAAGGUGUGCAGAGAAGCGUGUUGAAAAACACCAUAACCGUCGAUGAUUAUCGAACAUGUCUCGUCGAGGAGUCUCAGCUGAAGAGAACAAUGAAUGUUCUUCGAAGUCGACGACAUUGCAUUCACGGAGAGGAGCUACACAAGAUUGCCCUCUGUGGAUUCGACAGUAAGCGUUACAUUCUGGAGGAUGGUAUCAACACCCUGGCAUUCGGACACAAGGAUAUUCCAAAGCACUGAGGGAUUUCCACACAUACUAGAGCAUAUGUCAUAUCUUCUCAUGAAAUACAUUGUAAAUACUAUGCGAUUCAUAAUAUUCACGUUAAUCCAAAGCAUGAGCUACAUUGUACAUAUGAAAUGCUAAUACUUUUUGAGAUCAUUCACAUCCUUCUUUGUUAACCAGGUAUGGAAUUUUUCGUCUUGAUAA